AUGUGCUCGGUUUUCUGUUUCAGGAAGUGUCAGGAUGCUGUCUCUGGAUGCACUCAGUUAGACAGAGAGUCAGUCACACUGGAGCUGAGAAAGUCAGGAGACCUUGUACCAGAUCCUCCACAGCUGUGUCCAGAGAGAUAUUGCCUUGGGACACCAAUCGUGUAUUCUCCAGUCAAAGCAGAUCUAGCUGGAAAUAUCAAGAAAAUCCGAGCAGUUUAUGAAUCCAAUCCUACCAAGUUCAAAACGCUAAAGAACAUUUUGGAAGCGGAGAAGGAAAUGUAUGGAGCAGCCUGGCCGAAAACUGGUGCAACACUAGCGCUCAUGUGGCUGAAAAGAGGCCUGAAGUUCAUUCAAGUUCUUCUGCAGAGCAUUUCAGACGGGGAGAGGGACGAUGAAAACCCGAACCUCAUCCGAGUUAACGCCCUGAAAGCCUAUGAAAUAGCCUUGAAGAAAUACCAUGGCUGGAUGCUGCAGAAGCUCUUCGCAGGAUCAGUCUAUGCUCUUCCAUACAAGUCGGAUUUACUGAAGGCUCUUGAGAAGGGGAAGAACGUGAAUGAGGAGGAGACUAUGGAGAAGAUCCACCAGUUCCUAGCAAAAGCCACUCCUGUGCUGGAUGCAGUUUAUGAAAUGUACGCAAAAACGAAUGCGGAACUGAACUACAAAGCGUAGCGCUCGCAAAGGACUCCUACCUCCAAGUAUAAAGUACACACUACCUUAAUCCUACAGUGGGAAACCUAAAUCACUGCAUAAAUCACUACAAGCACGGGGGCUGCUCACUCUCAUCACGUGACUUUGAUUCCUAGCCUGGAUAUUCAGGGAAUAGCCCAUUUUUAAAUAGUGGUCUAUAGAAACAAAGCAAUAAAAUCAUGAUUGUAUCUCAGAUCUUUGUGGAACUACAAACACCAGUUUACCAACUGGAAAGCAAGAAGUAAAAUUUUAACAGAUUUCUUUAAAACAAGUCUGGAGGAAAUGAGAUGUAACUGACCACACUGGUUAGCUGCUCCUGUUUUCUGGCUCUGCCUCAGUUUUAGAUAAGUGUGUCUCUUACAAAGAUAUUAGGGAAUAUUUUGGAUUCUGUGCUCUGAAAAGGGCACAGUAUAAUGUGGUUAACCAGCUUGAUCACAAGAGUGACUGAGAAGCUUCCAAAGUAAUGCCAGAAAUUUGCAAGAAAAUAAACUGUCAGUGACUUUCCUGAGUUGCAUUGAAAUCUUGUAGAAUUUGGAGUUUUCUCCUGUAUGGGAAUGAUUUCUUAACUUUCUUCAGGGACAGUUACUCCAAAUUAAAUCACCUGUAACUUGUACAUGUAUCUCUUUAAAACUUUUUUGCUUCCAGAGACAGAAGUUGCCUUAAUAGUGGUUUGUGGCACAACUAAUCCUUAUCUUAGGACAAGGAAGGGUGGGGCUUCAAAUAAAUGCUAAAAAUCAAA